GUUUAUUUCUUUCAGAGAAAGCUAACUGAUCCCUCCUGUUCAUACUGGGAAACAAAUCAAAGCGGGAAAGGCCAUUGGUCCACUGACGGAUGCAUUUUAGAACAAUUUGACGGAGAAAAGGGAACUGUGACCUGCCAUUGUAACCAUCUGACAAAUUUUGCUGUUCUCAUGAGUCCGACCAGUAUCACUGAAACGAAAACUGUUCACCAACGCCGCCUUGGAGUUUUGUCAAUCGUGGGAUGCAGUAUAUCUAUAAUUGGCUUGGUUUUACCAUUACGACCAUCGUGUUCUUCUGGAAGGCUUUACGUUCGAGGAGGUCAAUUUUGCUGCUAAACUUAUGUUCGGUUCUUCUUUUGGCGUAUGUCAUCUUUCUGGCAGGGGAAGAUAAAACUUCACAACACGCCGUGUGCACUUCCAUUGCUGUUCUCCUCCACUACAUAUUUUUGACUGCCUUUUUCUUGAUGCUCUCAGAAGGAUGUAUUAUUGCGCAAGUGGUGCUUAGACCCUUCGACAAAAGGAACUAUUUGCCAGCACUGCUUGGAAUUUCCUACGGAAUUCCCUUGGUCGUUGUAUCCAUUUCUGCUGCAGCAUCGAAGCUGAAUGGUUAUGGAAAUGAUAAAUUCUGCUGGCUAAGCAUUGAUUCGGGACUUUUCUGGGCCUUUGCUGGACCGGCGUUGACAGUCAUUUUUGUGAACAUCAUCAUCUCGGUCGCUGUCAUCAAAACGAUGUUUGGAACUUCCGCUAUCUCGAAACGAGGAGACGCUGACAAGAUCAAGAAAGUGACUGGGCUAAGGAGCGUGUGUGUCCUGCUGCCAGUGUUUGGAAUCACGUGGCUGUUCGGUGUGUUUGCUGUCAACAGGAAUGCUAUCGUUUUCCAGUACCUCUUUGUCAUCUUCAACAGUCUACAGGGGGUACUUAUCUUCAUAGUUCAGUGCAUUAUGGAUAGGAAAGUGCAGGAGGCGUUCAAAGCCAGGCGAACCAGGUGGUUUGCAACAGAGGUGUCGACCACUGCUACCGAAAUGAAAGCGCGGUACUAUAUUGUUUAA